UCUCUCUCUCUCUCUCUCUCUCUCUCUCUCUCUCUCUCUCUCUCUCCCUCCAGAAGGCCACUUUGCUAUGCAAGUUUGGUAAUAGACAUGGCCACAAGGAACCUGCUUACCUCUACCACCUAUAGCUCCUUCUUCUUCUACCUGAAAACCUUCCACACAAAUAGAGCAAAUGGCACCUUCAACUGUAGCAACCGUCUACAGGUUUGCUACCAAAGCGAUCGUCCUCGGUCCUCAACACUGCUGGCGCCACUGGCCUAAACACCUGCGCCGACGAGACUGUAGGCGCCACGCCGGAGUCGCUGACUUCAUAUUUAGACGAGCUCAUCGGACAGUCGGUUGUAUCCAUGGCCCGACACCAAAAUAGUCGCCGAUUUCUUCUCAGGCCUGAGGUGGUGAUGAUGAUGCUCCUCGAUUGAAACGCCGCCGCCGCUGACACCAUCUUCUGCCAUGGACUAGUACUUCCGCUUCAAAGUGGCUCAAUCGGAGCAGGAAGACUCGUAAAUGAAUCCAAGGAAGGAUCGAGUGAGAGUGGUGGAUCCCCGGGGGGGGGGGGGGGGUUGAGAGAGUUGGCAUGAAGAGGGUAGAAUAGUCAUAGAAUACAAAUCUGUUGCUAGGGAACGUAGGAUAAUGGAUGCUGGUAUUACCCAGUGGCAGAAAGCCUGUUUUCUGCCAACAAAGUCAGAUGCCCCUGUCGCUGGUUUCCGAAAGUGGUUAAACAAGUAUGCGGGUGGUCAAGUAGACUGGAGAGGCAAGUUCACUGGGGCGCUUCCCCCCACUCCUCCUAAAGAACAGUUGUUGGACAGGUACUGGUCUCAUGUGGUGAACUGCCGCAGUUGCAAUGCUGCCCACAAAGCUCUAAGCGUGCUUAAAGUCGUAUUGCAGGUUGUCUCAUUUUCUUUACUUGGAAUUGUCGCUGCAAUCAAGCAAGGAGUGCUAUCAUCAGUGGUUCCAAGAACUGCGCUACUUGCAACUGCUCUACUCUGCUUUGCAGGUUCAAAAUGGCUGGCUCAUUUUAUCUACAAAAUCUUUCACUUUCACGACUACAACCAUGCCCUUGUGUAAGAUUUACUGUUUGGCGACGUAAUGUAAUAUACUGAACGCAUGGAACCAAAAGUUGUUGAACAUAAGUUGUGUAUUAAUAAGAGAAUUAUUGUGUUAAUUUGAUAUGA